CAAGCAGCACUGGUGCUUAAUGCUUCUUGUCGAUUUCGUUACACCUUGGACUUGAAAAAACAAGAAGAGAAGACACAAAUAUUGAGAAAGAUUAGAGCUCAUGCACAAGCCAUUAGGGCAGCAUAUCUUUUCAAAGCAGCCGGGGAUGGUCAAGUGAUUGAAACCACAAAGCCUCCUGUGGCCUCUGCUGGUGAAUUUCCAAUUGGACAAGAGCAACUUGCUUCAGUUUCAAGGGAGCAUGAUACCGUUGCUCUUCAGCAAUAUGGAGGGGUUGCUGGGAUAUCAAAUUUGUUGAAAACCAAUUUAGAGAAGGGGAUUCAUGGUGAUGAUGCUGACUUACUAAAACGAAGGAAUGCAUUUGGUUCCAAUGAUUAUCCUCAAAAGAAAGGAAGAAGUUUCUGGAUGUUUAUGUAGGAUGCUUGCAAGGAUCUGACUUUGAUUAUUUUAAUGGUAGCUGCAGCGGCUUCAUUGCUCAGUCUUGCUGACUUUGACUGGAAAUUUGAGUUUUUCUUCUCUCGUUUCCUUGUUCUUCUUGCUUCUUGGGUAUUGAGGAAGGAUGGUAUGAUGGGGGAAGCAUUGCUUUUGCAGUUAUUCUUGUCAUUGUUGUCACAGGUUAUCAGAGGUGGUAGAAGGAUUGAAAUCUCUAUAGAGAUUGUUGUUGGUGAUGUUAUACCCCUCAAUAUUGGUAACCAGGUCCCUGCUGAUGGAAUUUUGAUCACUGGUCACUCUCUUGCAAUUGAUGAAUCAAGUAUGACUGGGGAGAGCAAAAUUGUCCAUAAAGAUUCUAAGGACCCUUUUUUGAUGUCUGGGUGUAAAGUUGCAGAUGGCAGUGGUACUAUGCUGGUAACUGGUGUUGGUGUUAAUACUGAAUGGGGGCUUCUAAUGGCCAGCAUUUCAGAAGACACUGGUGAAGAAACACCUUUGCAGGUUCGCUUAAAUGGUGUAGCCACCUUCAUCGGUAUUGUUGGUCUCUCUGUUGCUGUUGUUGUUCUGAUUGUGCUACUGGCCAGAUUUUUCUCCGGCCAUACCAGAGAUGCAAGUGGCAAUGUUCAAUUUAAAGCAGGGAAGACUAAAGUUGGUGAUGCUAUUGACGGGGCAAUUAAGAUAGUAACUGUUGCGGUCACUAUUGUAGUGGUUGCAGUACCAGAAGGGCUCCCGUUAGCAGUUACCUUAACACUGGCGUACUCAAUGAGGAAAAUGAUGGCGGAUAAAGCUUUGGUGAGGAGGCUUUCCGCUUGUGAGACAAUGGGCUAUGCAACAACCAUUUGCAGUGAUAAAACUUGCACGUUGACCAUGAAUCAGAUGACUGAGGUGGAGGCUUAUGCUGGUGGGAAGAAGAAUGAUCCUCCUGGUAACAAGUCAGAGCUCUCUCCCAAGCUCCACUCUUUGCUCAUUGAAGGUGUUGCACAGAACACUAAUGGCAGUGUUUUUGUCCCUGCGGGUGGUAACGAUGUUGAGGUUGCCAGAUCACCAACAGAAAAGGCAAUUUUACAUUGGGGAUUAGAGAUUGGGAUGAACUUCGACUCUACUAGAUAGGAAUCAUCAAUUAUUCACGUUUUCCCUUUCAAUUCUGAGAAAAAAUGAGGCGGAGUUGCAGUACAAACGGCUGACUCUGAAGUUCACAUACACUGGAAAGGUGCUGCUGAGAUUGUCCUAGCCUGCUGUACACGGUACAUUGAUGCAAAUGACCAGUUGAUAGACAUGGAUGAGGAAAAGAUGGUAUCUUUCAGAAAAGCUAUUGAAGACAUGGCUGCCGAGAGUUUACGUUGUGUUGCCAUUGCAUAUAGAACAUUUGAAAAGGAGAAUGUUCCAGCCACUGAAGAAGAACGGGCUCACUGGUCUUUACCAGAAGAUAAUCUUGUUUUGUUAGCUAUUGUUGGUCUGAAAGAUCCUUGUCGACCUGGAGUCAAAGAUUCAGUGGAGCUUUGCCAAAAAUCUGGGGUUAAGAAACUGUUUUUCCGGCCAAAACCUUGUCAAACAUCAGAUCCAUUCCGAAGCAACCCCAGAAUCAGAACCGGAAAGCCAAGUUCGGCCUGUCCCCAAAAUUUCACCGCCGUCAACCGCCGCACGCGCCGACGCGCCGCCCCUUUACCUGCGCGUGGUCCUCGCGCCUCCGCUCCAGACGCGCGUGAACGUCACGCUCCGCUGCCCAGGUUUUUUCCGGCCGUUUCUGAGUGUCUGCCAUCAUGUCUUCUGAGGACCAUUGAUCCACCAAAGCUGACUAUGUUUCGAGCUUACAAAACUUGUAAAAAGGUGUGGGACCGUGCUAAAGCUUUAUACACUAAUGACAUUGCAAGACUUUACCAUGUUGCUAAGAAGCUGUAUAGUUUACAACUUCAAGGAACUGAUAUGGAAUCUUAUGUUGGGGCUGUGGAAGCUGUCAAGGAAGAGUUUUCGACUCUCCUUCCCUAUGUGUCUAAUGCUAAUGACCAUCAUGCUCAACAGGAAAAGCUGUUUUUGGUACUUACGUUAUUUGGGUUGCCAGCUGAACUUGAAUCUCUUCGGCAACAAAUAUUGGGCACCUCAUUCGUUCUUUCCCUUGAGGACGUAUUUGCACGACUCUUGCAAUCCGGCCCCUCUCUUGAGACCCAUACUUCCGACCAAACUGCAUUGGCAUCCCAAUCUUCUUCUCAAGUGUCCUUUCAAGUGCCCACUCGCGGCGGCCGUGGGGGUCGUGGUAAUGGUCGUGGUAAUCGCACUCGCCUUAGUUGUACCUAUUGCCAUAGGAUUGGUCAUACUCAGGAUAAAUGUUAUGCUCUCCAUGGUCGUCCUAUCAAGGUAGCUAAUGUUGUCCAAAUUAAUGAGCCAUCUGACGUUCACUCUGCCGCACAACCACAAGGGAUAUUUGUCUCAAGUGCUUCUGAUCACAUUUCGGGUACUUCUUCUGUCCUCUCUAAACUUGAACACCCUGCAUUUCUUCCUUCUAUCACUUUGGCUGAUGGUUCUAAAAUUGGUGCUAAGGGAAUAGGUCAAGCUACUCAUCUUCCUACAUUACCUUUGAAAUCUGUUCUUUACAUGCCCAAUUGUCCUUUCAAUUUGAUUUCUAUUAGCCAACUUACUUGUUCUCUUAAUUGUUCUGUUACCUUUUUUGCUGACUCCGUCAUUGUGCAGGAUCGAGGGAUGGGACAGACGAUUGAUGUCACUUUUCUUGAGAAUACCCCUUUUUUCUCUGCACCCGACAUCACUUCACCUUCCAUUACGGAGGUGCUUCCUGAUCCUUACUUAGAUGGGCCUCCUAUUCCCACAAAGCCUCUCCAGAUCCUUCUUCGGGAGUUAGCAGUAGUCCUCCUAUUGCUCUCAGACAAGGUAAAAAUGGUCACUCUAAUGUCAAAACUGCAAAAGCAAUUGCUGUGGAGGAAAAACUUUUCGUGCCAUGACAGAUGCAGAGAUGAAAUAGCUGAAGCAAUAUCAGUUAUGGGACGGUCAUCUCCUAAUGACAAAUUAUUGCUUGUGUAAGCAUUGAGGAGGAAGGGACAUGUGGCUGUAACUGGGGAUGGAACAAAUGAUGCUCCUGCACUACAUGAGGCUGAUAUAGGUCUUGCAAUGGGUAUUCAAGGAACUGAAGUUACAAAAGAAAGCUCUGAUAUUAUUAUUUUGGAUGACAAUUUUGCUUCAAUUGUAAAGGAUGUGAGAUGGGGACGUUCUGUGUAUGCAAAUAUUCAGAAAUUUAUCCAGUUUCAGCUUACAGUAAAUGUAGCAGCUCUUGUUAUAAAUGUUGUUGCUGCUGUUUCCUCUGGUGAUGUCCCACUGAAUGCAGUGCAGCUUUUGUGGGUAAAUCUUAUCAUGGAUACUUUGGGAGCACUAGCAUUGGCAACUGAACCACGAACUGAUCACCAUGGUUGGCCUCCAGUGGGCCGAAGAGAACCUCUCAUAACAAAUAUUAUGUGGAGAAAUUUGCUGAUACAGGCAAUGUACCAAGUAUCUGUGUUGCUUGUUCUGAAUUUCCGAGGUAGGAGCAUACUGGGUCUGACACAUGACAAAAAUGAUCAUGCAAUUAAAGUGAAAAACACUCCGAUCUUCAAUGCAUUUGUUCUGUUUUUAGUCAUUGAUGAGAAAUUAUACUUAGUGCUAGCUUAGGACUGUACAUUUGCAUUUUAAAUGGUAAAGUUUUGUGUUGGAAGAAUUACCGAUGUUCGUUUCCUUAUCUUUUUAUGCAUUUCUAUAAUAGUAUUGCUGUAAUGGUGAUUGCUAAUUUCCAAUAGGUGCUAAUUGUAUCUAGAAAACCAAAGCCUAUUGCAAUUUUCCUGAGAUGUCUUGCUACUCACUCUUAUUUACACUACUGCUAAAUCCUUGUGAUGCGUUAGUGGUUGGCAAUGCAUGCCCAGUUCAUACCUUAUAUUCGUUGUCA